AUGUCAACACAACCCCCCCAACCACAGCUCAUGGGCAGAUCGAACGUCGCAAUGGCGGUCGCUCAACCAAAGCCAAAGCCGGCUCCAAAGGCCAACUCUACACCUAAAGGAAAAAUGCAAAUGCAUCGAAGAUCAAGAACAGGUUGCUACACAUGCAGAUUACGAAGAAAGAAGUGCGAUGAAGGGUCGCCAGCUUGUACUGCUUGCAAACAUCUCGGACUCCGCUGCGAAUACAAGAGACCCAUGUGGUGGAGCAACAAUGAUCAACGGCGGAUGCAAAAAGACAACAUCAAGAUGAUCAUUAAGCGGAAGAAGCUCACAGAGAAGACAACCUCUUCAACCACAAAUCAAGUCAUGACUCCGGGCUCGGAAACGCCUCCUGGAUUAUCACACUCUCUACCAACAUCGGCCACCCUUUCUGAUCCACUUGAUCGCACUCGGUCCGCCUCUAUCGAUUCUCAAUUGUCUCUCUUUGAUUUCAACGCACCGCCACACAUCGCAGACUACACGGCAUACAAUGCGCAAAUGCAUACAUCACAUUCGCAAUACGCAAUGUACCCCGAUUAUUCCCCGUAUGAAGUCGAUGUCAAAACCGAAAGGCAAAUGUUUGUCAAUGAUAUUCCAACUCGUCGCGAAUCGACAAUAUCGACGUUCAGCACCUACCACCCGCCACCGCCUCCUGAGGCAAUGCUCCCAUCUUUUCCAGUUGAGAAUGACUGGGAAGGAGCAUAUGGCGACCGAAGAGAAUCCAUGGCCGAAGAGACCUUAAAUACCAACCUUUUCGACUUCUCGCAUGGUCCACCUUCGACUGUUCGCCAAGUUGCCAUAGAGCUUGACGAGGGUGAUCAAAGACUUCUCGACCACUUUAUUGCGGACGUCCUUCCUACAGUCUUCCCAAUCCUCGAGACGAAUCAACAUGGGUCUGCGCGAACAGAUUACGUCCUUCCUGCUCUCCAGAGUAACAAGUGCUACCUUCACUGUUGUUUGAGCAUUGCGGCGCAGCAUUGCAAAGCCACCAUGAACAUUCAGGGGGAACAGAUCGACAACGAUAUCAUGCGCCACCGAUAUGCCACGAUUUCCGAGCUUUGCGAGGCACUCAACCGAGACACAGACCACUCGUCAAUUUUGGAGGCAACCCUGGGCAUGAUUUUCUUCCAAACGUCAGUUGGCCGAUAUGAUGAUUCCCUACCAGACAUCCCAUGGCACCAACACUUCCAAGCGGCGAUCUCGCUUGUCCAGAAACUUGAGCUGAACCGAAUGGUUUCGGAAUCCCAUGAUCUCAUCCAAUUUAACAUGACUCUCACAGCUUGGAUUGAUAUUCUCGGUUCCACCAUUCAGGGCCGCGCACCAACCUUUGCGCACACAUAUCGGGAAAAACACUUGUCAUCAACAAACUCCUCCCUCGGGCUGCGCGAGCUCAUGGGAUGCGAAGACCGAGUUAUGUACUUGAUUUCUGAGAUCGCUUGCCUAGAGGCUCUCAAGAAGGACGGCAUGGAUGAUAUUCAACUCUGCCAGCAUGUGCAUGCACUUGGUGAUCAAAUCGGCCUUACUGAAAUUGGCGAAACCGGCCCAAAGAUUCCAUAUAACGCUAAUGGUGUCCUGAGCCCCAAGCAAUUGAGCAAGAACAUGACAGCUGCGUUCCGCAUUGCUGCUCGAAUUUACUUGUGCAGUCUCGUUCCCGGUUUCACACCAAGCCAAGCAAGCUGUGUUGGCCUCGUUUCCAAGCUUACCCAAGUCCUCGAAUUUAUUCCUUCCGGGCAACUUGGCUUCGACCGCAGUCUCGUCUGGGUAUAUCUAAUCGGUGGAUCAGUCAGCACAGCCGACUCGCCAUUCCGACCCUUCUUUGAAGAACGUCUUUCUGCUCUCGGCGAACUUGCCAAUUUCGGCAGCUUUGGCCGUGUUGCCUGCCUACUCAAAGAGGUAUGGGGCCAUGUCGAUGGACGCUUUAGUCCAGGUGGUGGAGAAGCACAUUACGUCUCCUGGAGAGAUGUAAUGCAGAUGAAGGGUUGGGAUUUCUUGUUGAUCUAG